AAGUCACACAGAAUCAAAAAACAUAACCUAACAUGGAAAACAUGCUUUUCCUGAUAGCUUUUAGCUAUUGUUUCAUAUAUAUUUUUUAAUUUCAUCUAGAUUAUCACUCAACAUUAAUUUUUGUUUGAUGUGCUCCAUUUAAUAUUUUUCAAAAAGUAUUUUUUUUUCAAGUGUCAACAUAAAGAUCCCUUAACAUUAUUUGUUCAUCUUUAAUUUUAUUCAUUUAGUUCUUCCAAUAUUUUAUCAUAACAUUCUAAAAGAUAGAGGUUUAUAAUAUUAAUCAUUGAAAUGUGUUCCGUCGGAGAUGAAGGACUCACAUUGAUGGAAAGUCCACAUACAGAUUUCUUAUCCGACAAUACUUGUAAAAAGUGUCAGCAAGAGAAUACGGCUGAAGUAAUUCUUCGAAAGAAAGAUAUAUAUUGCAAGAGCUGUUUCCUCGUUAAUGCUACUCAUAAAUUUAGAGCUGCUCUUGGAAAGUCGAAAAUAAUCAGACAAGGAGACAAAGUAUUGGUCGCCUUUUCUGGCAGUGCCAGUUCAAUAGCGAUGGUACAUCUGAUCAACAGUGGACUUUCUAUGAACACUCAUAAAAAACUUAUUUUUGAUCCAUUCGUGGUGUACGUUGAUGAAGGUGCAUGCUAUGGAUUAUCACCAGACAAGCGUCAAGAAAUGUUACAGGAGAUUCGUGAUCUACUGAAAGAUUACCAUAUCCCGGCCUACUCAACAUCUAUUGAGAUGAUGUUCAAUAAUGAGAAAAUUUGUCCAAUCAAUGACGUUGCGUCUUAUUCGAAAUGUAGUGAAUUGGACCAGAUUUUGGCGGAAUUCAAAUGCUCAACAGCAAGACAAGAUUUUCUCAAAAAAUUGAGAUACAAGACACUCCUUGAAGCAGCUGCAUUACUAGGGUGCAGCAAAAUUUUGACGGCAGAAACACUAGUUGAUACUGCCUCUAACAUUUUGUCAAACAUAUCUCUUGGCAGAGGCGCUCAACUUCCUUACGAUGUGGGAUUUUGUGACAGUCGCCUUGAAGGUAUCAAAGUUCUACGACCGAUGCAAGAGUAUGGAAGUGAAGAAAUUGAAUAUUAUAAUAAGUUUCAUGAGUUGAAUUCUAUCAAAGAUUAUAGCUGCAGAAUAAGUAUGAAACCAAUUGAUAGUAUACAAAAUUUGACCAAGAAAUUUGUAACAGAUCUACAAGAGAACUUCCCUUCAACUGUUUCAACAGUCUACAGAACUGGAGCGAAGUUGUCUAUUGGAAAUGAAGACAGUAAUGUCAAUGAAAAAUGCGCAUUGUGUCAGGUGAUAUGCAGCGACAUGAAAACCAUUUCUACACCUGAUGAAACUUCUUGUAACGGAAAGAAAUGCAAUUGUAAAUCUGACAACACUCUCACCAAGGAGGAAAUGGUUGAUAGUUUAUGUUAUGGAUGUCGCCUUAUAUUGAAAGAAGUUGGCUCAAUAGAUCAUCUGCCAAGGUUUGUGAAAGACCUUGCAGAAAGAAGCAGUAAGCUCAAACAAAUGAGAGCGGAAAUCAAAGAUUUUCUUUUAUGAAAGGUAUUUUCCAAUUAUAUUUACGGAAAUAAAUAUGUUCAUAUGUGA